AUCGGCGCUUCACUUGGUUGGUUGUGUGGUGCGCAUGCUCUGUUUAGUAGCCGGUUAUGGCGGCGGCGAUGUGUGUUUGUCCAUGAGGUGGAUGAGCGCGAGCUAUUCUCACCGACUGAACCUGAACGAAAGCAUUGAUGGCGGGUGUAUUCGACAUCGAUUUGGAUCAGCCGGAGGAAAAUGUCUCCGAAGAUGAGCUCGAGGAGGCUCAGAUCAACGAUUUCAUGGACCAGUGCAGCGGCUUUGAAUUCAAUAUGGACGACUGUGAGAAGAUUGAGAUAUCUGAGGACAACGUCAACCAAGGAAAAGAGAACAUCAGGCCGGAGUGUUUUGAGCUGCUGCGGGUGCUGGGAAAGGGUGGUUAUGGAAAGGUUUUUCAAGUUCGAAAAGUUGCUGGAGCAGCAUCGGGGAAGAUAUUUGCCAUGAAGGUUUUAAAGAAGGCUAUGAUUGUACGCAAUGCUAAGGACACGGCCCACACCAAGGCAGAGAGGAACAUUCUGGAGGAAGUGAAGCAUCCUUUCAUCGUGGAUCUCAUCUACGCCUUCCAGACGGGGGGCAAGCUGUACCUCAUCCUGGAGUACCUCAGUGGACGUUGGCCUUUGCAUGAUUUACAUGAACACUUAAUGGGCCUCCUCUGCUCAUUGCAUCUAACCAUAAUGUAUGUAAUAGUGCCUACAACCUGUCCACCAUCCCUUCCUGUCUGCUCUAGAGUUACAGAGAAGAAUGCACACUAUGGUGGAGAGCUGUUUAUGCAACUGGAAAGAGAGGGGAUUUUUAUGGAAGACACCGCCUGCUUUUACCUGGCAGAAAUUUCCAUGGCUCUGGGCCAUCUGCACCAGAAAGGCAUCAUCUAUAGAGACCUGAAGCCUGAAAACAUCAUGCUUAACAACCAAGGCCAUGUGAAACUGACUGACUUUGGGCUGUGUAAAGAGUCCAUUCACGGCGGCACAGUCACCCAUACUUUCUGUGGCACCAUAGAGUACAUGGCUCCAGAGAUCCUGAUGAGAAGUGGACACAACAGAGCAGUGGACUGGUGGAGUCUUGGAGCGCUUAUGUACGACAUGCUGACUGGAGCGCCACCCUUCACUGGUGAAAACAGGAAGAAGACCAUUGACAAAAUCUUAAAAUGCAAGCUGAACCUCCCACCCUACCUCACACAAGAAGCCAGAGAUCUCCUGAAAAGGCUUCUGAAGAGAAAUGCCUCAUCAAGACUUGGAGCAGGGGCUGGAGAUGCUACAGAGGUGCAGGCUCAUCCCUUCUUCCGACACAUUAACUGGGAAGAGCUCCUGGCCAGGAAAGUGGAGGCUCCAUUCAAGCCUUUCCUGCAAUCUGCUGAAGAUGUGAGCCAGUUUGACUCCAAGUUCACCAGCCAGACACCAGUAGACAGCCCAGACGACUCUACGCUUAGUGAAAGCGCCAACCAAGCCUUUCUGGGCUUUACGUAUGUUGCUCCAUCAGUACUGGAAAAUGUAAAGGAAAAGUUCUCAUUCGAGCCAAAAAUCCGCUCACCCCGACGGUUUUUGGGGAGCCCAAGAACACCAGUCAGCCCUCUCAAGUUCUCUGCCGGUGACGUGUGGCCCCGGGGCCCAUUGAUGCCCGGCGGAUCCUCUCUAUGUCUCCAGUCGCCACAGGAGCAGGUCAUGUAUGUGUCAACCCCAGAACAGAUGGAUGUGCAGGCCAGCUCUGAGGCCUCAGCCCCCCUACCCAUCCGCCAGCCUACUGGGUCCAACCUGUCCCAGUUCAAACAACAGGCCUACCCCGUCAUGGCCAAGAGGCCCGAGCAUUUACGCAUGAACCUAUGACCAGCAGCUCAUCUUAGAGGAUUUUUUUUCUUUGUUGAUAAUUAUUCUUUAUUUUUUAAGCUAAGGACACUAGAGACAAUGAAACUCUAAAUUUCACUUCUACACACACACACACCAUCACUACCUGAAGUAUCCCCAAGGCUGUAACCUCCAGUGUGCUGCAGCUGAGCUCGGCAGACUCGGCCACUCCCUCAGGUCCCCUUGACCUCUGCAGCCUGACCCCUAACAGGACUGGACCAGCGGGACGGGGCAUCACUAUGGAUAUUUAACUUUUUUUUUGUUAUUACUCCAUCCUACCACAAAAAAAAGGAAUGAGAUAAAACGUAUCAAAUGUGACCCAUCACAAUUCACAGUAACGUGCCGUAUAUAAAACAUCAUCCAAAGUCCUUCAUGUUAGAUGAUUAACUGCUGAUGAGGAAUGAAUUGCUUCCACUGAACACUUGGGAGAUUUGACAGUAUUUCUUGAAGGUUGCUUCCUGGCUCAGGAUGAAAUCAUACAAAUUAUUGUUAAUUGAAAACCUAUAUGAUUGGGAGGGGUAUCAAUAAGCUGAGUUUCUGAAUAUAGCUUUGUCUUAAGUAUUUUACAAAAGGGAUUCAUCUACUGUGCUAUGUCAAUUCAUGAGGGCCUCAAUAAAAAUACAUGUUUACUUUUUACAUUUUGAAUUACUAA